AUGUUGUACAAUCAAACAUUCAACCUGGAUCAAGUUGCAUUCGCUUCAGAAGGUAUUAAAGAUGCUCAACAAACAGUAUGUGCCAUAAUUAUCAAGCAUUUGCUACACACGGGAUCAAACAAAGAGCUGAAAGGAAUGAUGAAAACUGUGAAGAUACAAGACAUUUAUAAUUUUCAAGAUGAAAUGAUGGACAUGAUGGAUAUAAGCAGUGAGAUACAAGAAUCUCUUGGUAGAAGUUUAGUGUGCCAGAUGAUAUUGAUGAAGAUGAUCUCAUGGGUGGCAAACAUGGGUCAAGAAACUGAAGGUGAAGGGGUACCUUCAUAUAUUCAACCUGAUAAUGAACCCGAUCUAAAUGCAGAACUUAAUAUGCCUUUAGCUUCAAGUGGACAUGCAGUGCCAAUGAAACCAUCAAUCAGAUGA